AUAUCGACUUCAACAAUUAAUUUGCCUCCGUUAUGGUAAAUAAAAGAGUAUUAAGUUUGUUUCCUUUUGCUUUAGUCUUCAACAAUUUCCUCGUCGCGCGAUAUCAAUGUAUUGAGACGCGACAUUCAGUGUGUGUCGAGCGCCCGAGCUGUGCAGUGUUUAGUUUCACAAACAUACUGUUGUGCUUCUUCACUUACGAUUUUUUGUGGUUCUAUCUCCAUGUAAUGACAUUGAACUUGUGAAAAAUGUCAGCGUUGUUAAAAAACGUAACAAAUUGCAUAUGGCAUGCUUUCGAAUCGCUGCAAAAUAACGAUGUUGUGCAUAAAUCAAAAUUAAAGGUGCUAACAGCGAACAUAGGCACGCUCCUCGAUCUGUACGGAGUAGAAAAAGGGCUCGACCACUUCAGAUCCUCGCAGGAGCUGACCUUCGACGAGUACAAGUACUACUUGCAGCACGAGGUGUUCAGCUCGCUGCCUAAGACUGUCACGCUGCCGAUUAUACGAGAGUAUGAAAAGAAAAUCAGUGAGGUAUGCUGGCUAGUGUGCAGAAAGAGCCUUCUCGCGCGCGACAAAGCAGUUUUCGGCGAUGAGUCUGUGUUCAAGUUGUUCAGAAUAUUCUGCUUGCUCGCGGACUUGGUGCAAGACGCUGAUGACACUAAUCGUUAUGUUGUCGUCCUGCAACCUUCAGAAGCCGGAAUAGUAGCUGAACAGCUGGUUCAUUGCCUUGGUCUUCGCUGGGACGCAGCAGACUGGGAAGCUCUUGGUUCUUCAAUAGGCCACUUCAAAUGGGCAGCGUUCCUCGCCGUGCUCGAAGCUAAGUAUUGCUGUGAUCAACAAACUCACCCUGAGGCGCUAGUCGAGGCAGUUGACGAAAUAUACGAUGUGUUUAUUGAAGAUAUUAUAAAGAAGGGCUACCUCUUCAAACGAGGAUACCUGUUACCAACGAUGCGCGAGUACUGGUGCGUGCUGCAGCCCUGCGCCCUCACCUACUACAAAAGCUCCUCACAAAAGGACCAGUGUGGGCGGAUCGCUAUAGACGAGUACUGUUCAGUAGAAGCGUCAGUGGGGGAAGGGAAGAUACAGAGAUUCCAACUGAUCACACCUGACCGGACCUUUGAGUUUGGCACUCAGGAUCAUAAGAGUCGCCUGCAAUGGAUAUCGGCUCUGCGGCAGGCAGCGGCCGUGUCGGGCGGCGCCGAGGGCUACCAGCGGCGGGCGCGCGCGGGGCGGCGCGGCGCGGGCGCGCGGCGGGAGCGGGAGGUGCGCGAGACCAAGGCCAGGCUGCAGCACGAGGUCAGGGCGCGACUCGCCGCCGAGGCUCAGGCACAGGAGCUCGCUGAAUUAGCCCAACAGGAUAAUAGGAAACUGGAGGAAUUGAAAACAACACAAGUAGAACUUGAGCGACUACUGCAAGAGGAGACUCAGGCAAAGCGGGAUGAAGAAAUUGUGCGAGCGCUACAAGCUAGGGUAUUAGCAGAGGAAUGGGAGAGGCGAGAAGAGUUAGAAAGACUGCAGGAAGAACAGAACAGAAUGCUCGAAGAAGAAAGAAUGAAACGAAAACAAUUCGAGAUACUACAGGCGGAGAAGGAGGCACAAUACAAAGAAGCUGAGAAGCGUCUCAGAGAGCUAGAAGAAGAGAAGCGUCGACUGGACGCGGAGCUGCACGCGGCACAGGAGAAGAUAUCCAGGACUGAACUCACCGCGCAUGCGCUUCAUGUGCAACUACGUCAAGACAUGAACCCGAUACUCCGCAAUGGUGAGAGAGCUCGUCGCGCCAUAUCCUUCGUGCCGACCACCAAGAGUUCCUCCGACACUCUCAUCGACAUACGGGCGAUUAAACACCUAAAAGUCUUAGACGACGAUGAAAAAUUAUGAUCUGUGUUAACUUAAAGUCUAUAUUAUGUGAUUCUGCUGCUAGAGUCUGGCCAACGAGUCGUGUCACAGAAAUAUGGCGGCAAAUUAAAAAAAAAAACUACUGUUUGUAACCCCGUGAAGAUUAAAAAGAUGAGUUUAUCUUACAAUUAUAUUUUUAUUUUAAAAAAUAUUUUUAAUUUUAACUAUCUAUAUAUAUAAAAAUCAAUUGCUG